GCGAGGACCAGAGGAGAACUUUAGGAAUUCAGACUUCUGCAUUUGGAGAAAGAAAACAUGAGUCAGAUAAAGAAUUAACAGGAAAAACAAACAUGGCGAUACGACACAACUUCAAAGGAAAGGGUCUACAGGUCCUGCUGGUCCUGGUUCCAGUGGUGGUCUUAUUGAUUCUGGUUCUGCAGAAGACCGGAGAUUUCACAGGACUGAGAGACUCUGGACCGAUCAGCCGGAUCAAGAUGUCCUCUAAAGCCGGGCCCUGCGCCCUGAAGAGAGACUGUCCGGUGGACUCCUUCAGCUUCUUCGUCCGGAGCGGAGCCGCCGACGUGGUUCCUCCGAGGGUCUGCCUCCUGGACCAGCUGGUUCUUGGGGAGGUCUUGAACAACGCGGGUCCUGGAAUCAACAUCGUUCUGAUCAACGGCACGACGGGAGGCGUCCUGAAGACGGGUCACUUUGACAUGUAUGGGGGCGAGGUGAAACCUCUGCUGGAGUUCCUGAAGAGCAUCGAGGCCGGUUCUGUAGUGCUGAUGGCGUCCUACGACGACCCGUCAACCAGGCUGACCAAGGAGGCGAGGCAGCUGAUCUCUGACCUGGGCAGCUCCUCUGUGACCUCACUGGGGUUCAGAGACAACUGGGUGUUCGUUGGUGGGAAAGGAGCCGCGGUGCACAGCAGCUUUGAGAAGCUGCUCCAGAACAACAAAGACAACAAUAAAUACCAGAACUGGCCUGAGCUCAUCGAAAUCCAGGGAUGCAUCCCUAGAUACCUGGGAUGAGGGGAGGAGGAGGAGGAGGAGGAGGAGCCGGAGGAAGCGGAGGAGGAUGAAGAGGAGGAUGAAGAGGAGGAGGAAGAGGACUGCAACAUGAUCACCUUCCUCAACUGUUACUUUGACAAUGAAUGCAGACAUUUUUAAUGAGGUUUUGUUUUGGGUCAGCUCAACAUAUCUCAAAAUAUUGAAUAAUAUAUCAAAUCUCAUAAUAUCUCAUAUUAUCUCAUAAUAUUUAAUUAGAUAUAAUAUCUCAGAAUUUGUUAUAAUAAUAUCUAAUAAAAUCUGAUAAUGUCUCCCAUAAUAUCCCAGAAUACAUAGAAGCUGUCCUGCGUUCAGCCACAAUGGUCACAUGUCCUCUCCAGGCCAGAAGAACCAAUCAGAGACGAGGAUUUAACUCUCAAUGUUGUUUGUCUUUUUUUUAAAGUAAUGUGUUUUUUCCUGCAAAAAUAUAAUUAAAAAUACUUUUCUAAAACUU